UGUGUCCAGCGCGUCUCUUCUCUCUGAAUCAGCGCAUCUUUGGUUCAGUUUGGCGCGCUGCUCCCAUCAGCGGAACCUCUGAGGGGUUGACUGGUGACUCUGUGAUGGAGGACUUGAAGACCUCGGAGCGGCGUUUCCACAAGUCGUCAUUCAGCAUCAGCAGCCUGUUGCUGAGAGGAGACGGAGUGAUGGAGGACCAGGAGCCUCCUGCUGCCUCCCACAAACUCCGGGACAAGUCGAGUCAGGAGGAAAAGUUUGACAGUGAAAAAGACUUUGAGAAGCCCAAAGUGUGCGUUAAAGCAGAGAGAAAAUCUGUUUCUACAGCUGGAAAAGGAAACAAAGGAGAGUCAAAGAAAAGCGGAGCAGCAGGAGAAAGCGUCCAGGAGGAGAAACCUCCGUUCAGUUAUAACGCGCUGAUCAUGAUGGCGAUCCGCCAGAGUCCGGAGCGGAGACUCACUCUCAACGGCAUCUACGAGUUCAUCAUGGACAACUUCCCGUACUACCGCCAGAACCGGCAGGGCUGGCAGAACUCCAUCAGGCACAACUUGAGUCUCAACAAGUGCUUCGUUAAGGUGCCGCGCCACUACGACGACCCGGGAAAAGGCAACUACUGGAUGCUGGACCCCUGCAGCGAGGACGUCUUCAUAGGAGGGACCUCCGGGAAGCUGCGGCGCAGAGCGGCCGGCGGCUCCAGGACCAAGCUGGCGCUGAAACGAGGAGCAGGAGGUCUGAUGUCCGGCACGGCGACCAGCGUGACGCUGGCGGCAGCGGGCUCCUUCUACUGGCCGGUGCCGCCCUUCCUGCCUCUCCAGACGCCAGUGCGCACACACCUUGGCGCAGGGACUUACCUGAGCGCUCAGUCCCGCUUCCCGAACCACGCCGCCUCGCUGGUGUCUCAGCGGGCCCGGCUGGCUGCAGCCAGCGCUGCGGACGCGGAGCGCUUCGUGCAGCACCAGGAAAUGUCUUACAUCGGACUCAGCUGCGCGCAGUCGCGGCGCCACCAGAUUGGCGCCGCCUGCGCCGCUUUCUCCGCGUCCAUCCCCGGCUGCCCCCUGCCGCUGUCGGACCCCUACUCCUUUAACAUGAUCUCCGGACAGGCCAGCUACUUCUACUCCCAGCAGAUCCCCUGCGCUGCGGCCGCCUUCAGUCCGUGCCAAGAGGAGUGCGCCGCGGCCAAGACUCAGUCUCCGGGAGCGUUUGUGUCCCGGAGCUGCCACUCAGAGCUCGGCGGGUUCUGCCAUGACUUUCAUAAUUACACUCCGAGCCCCCCCUCGUCCUGGAAUAUAGAGAAAUAG